AUGACCACAAUUGCCAGGACGGUUGCACCUGCAACCGUCCGUGCCCCGAGUCCUUGUUUUUUGUUGGAUGAGAAGUUCUAUCAAUCAGAGGUGAUCAAAUGCAAAGACGGGUCCAAAUCCUUCACUAAAGACCAAAUUAACGAUAAUUUCUGUGACUGCCCAGAUGGCACUGAUGAACCAGAUUGCUGUGACGGAAGUGACGAAAAUGAUGGAACUGUCAUAUGUCUCAACAUUUGCAUUAUGGGUGGGACUGUUGCUUAUAACUCACUAAAUUAUCGCUCAACAAUCAGGCACCAGAGUUCAGCUGGUGCAAGGACGAAAGUCAACCUAAAUUCUGAAGACUCACUUGGGAAACUUAAAGGUCUGAAGACAUUAGCAACUCUACAGGUUGCUCUUAUUAUAAUUGUUGUGGCAAUUAGGAAGUUUCCUCGGCGUGUUAGGGCCAGAAGAAGGCAUCCUCGUUGA